AUGUAAAAUUUACAGGGAAGUAUAUUAAAACGUAAUGGGAAGAGCACUACAUUCCAAAAAACAUUUGCUAUCUGAAUGGUGAGAAAUGUCCAUUGUUGUACUGAAACUGGGGCUUUCUCACAACUCUUACGUCAUCACUCUGCGCCUUUACAAGUCUGAGCUGCACUUCAGUCCCAUAGAAUGAGCAGUUGGAAAAUACAGUUCAGUCUACAAUAGUCAAACGAAUCUUUCAGGCUGUUCCUUACAGUUUGUUAUAUAUAUAAAAAAAAAACGGAAAUAUUUUAAAAUGAUUGAUACCAUCGAAAAAGAAGACAAUAUUAUCAGCGAGGAGGAGGCUGCCCAAUAUGAUCGUCAGAUUCGCCUCUGGGGUCUGGAUGCUCAAAAGAGACUUAGAGGAUCUCGAGUACUUCUUGUUGGACUCCGGGGUCUUGGUGCAGAAGUGGCAAAGAACCUUAUUUUGGCUGGGGUCAAAGGGCUCACACUCCUGGACCACGAGCAGGUGACAGAGGAGACCAGACGUGCUCAGUUCCUGAUCCCUGUGGACGCAGAUGGUCAGAACCAAGCCCAGGCUUCACUGGAGAGAGCGCAGUUCCUUAACCCAAUGGUAGAGGUGAAGGCAGACACAGAACCAGUGGAGAGCAAGCCCGAUGACUUUUUCUUCCAGUUUGAUGCGAUUUGCUUGACUGGGUGCUCCAAGGACCUGAUGGUGCGAGUGGACCAGCUGUGUGCCUCCAGGAACAUUAAGAUCUUCUGCGGAGAUGUAUUUGGCUACCAUGGAUACAUGUUCUCCAACCUCGGCCAGGAGCAUCACUAUGUAGAAGAGAAGCCCAAAGUAGUGAAAGCUUCUGGUGAGGCCAAUGAUGGUCCUGAGGCAAAGAAACCAAAGGUUGACACCAAUGAGACCACCAUGGUGAAAAAGACUGUCAGUUUCUGCUCUCUCAAAGAGGCUCUGGAAGUUGACUGGACAAAUGAAACAGCCAAAAGCAGUCUAAAACGCGUUCCUGCAGACUACUUCCUUCUACAAGUACUUCUGAAGUUUCGUACAGAUAAAGGUUGCGAUCCUCAGCCUGCCAGCUUUGCUGAAGACUCAAGCUUACUCCUACAAAUCCGUGAUGAUGUUCUUGAGAGCUUGGGCGUGAGUUCGGAGCUGCUCCCCAACGCCUUUGUGAGUUACUGUUUCUCUGAGAUGUCCCCAGUGUGUGCUGUAGUUGGAGGAGUUCUUGGGCAAGAAAUAGUCAAGGCGCUGUCUCAGAGAGAUGCUCCGCACAGGAACUUUUUCUUCUUUGACGGCCUAAAGGGGAGUGGGGUGGUGGACUACUUUGGAUCCAAAUAAGUAGCCCCUGGAGAACACAGAGAGAUGAGCGCAUUAGAUGUGUGGGGAUGUUUGUGUGCUCUCAAAACACCAUGCAAUUUGUUUUCAGCCAGUGGCCACAGGCAUCAAAAUCUGUCUUUGGGCUGUACCUUUGCAUAGCAGAAUGCCACACAUUGAUUGAUGCCAGGAGCAACAAGAACAUGCUGUCCAGCUUUUUGUUCACACACAUAAAUAUAGAUGCACACACGUUUUUCACUAGGGUUAAACAAGACUAGUGACUUGUGAUUUCUACGUUUUGUAUUAAAAUAAAAAAGUCAAUGCA